AUGGCCGACCUACACUCUCCGGCCACGGCGCCGUCGAAACACUCGAGACAAUCAACAGAAUUCAAGUCACAUACCCCAAAAACUCGAUCACGAUCAAGGCCUUCCCGUCGACGGGACUCGUCGUCUGUCCCCUCGUCACCGCCUGGUCUCCCAACCCCCGCAUUCUCCCCUGAAGGCCAGACGGACGGGCAGACGGACGAUGACGACCUCGUCGAAGAUACGCUAUCGCCUUUUGAUCCACGGAGGAUCACACCCACGCUCCAUGCCUCGCUGGUAUCGGAAAUUCUGUCGUUGCGACGCGAGAUCGAAAAUAAAACCAAGGCUAUCGAUGGACUAGAAGAGAGCUUGGAUCAGUCAAGGACGGAGACAGAAACACUGUCCGCGAGUUUCACACAGGUUACUCGGGAAGGGCGGUCCUUAAAACACCAAAUCCAACUACUGGAAGGUGGGGCAUCAUCUGCGAUGAACGAGUUGGUUCGGGAGCGCGAUGAAGCAGUCGAAAACAUCGGUGAAGUCCGCAAGAAGCUUGACCAAGCGCAGAAGAAAACGCGCAGUCGAGAUGAGGAACUCGAGCGCAUUCAGGAGAUGUGGAAUCGAGACCAAGACUCCUGGGCCGAUGAGCGACGUGCCUUGGAACGAAAAGUCCAUAUAGUAGAGGGUCGCUUGAAGACUGUCUUGGGUGAGUUCGCGGCCGCCCAGGAAGUCGCGACUAUGAAUUCGAAUUCCCAGCGAAGCGAGAACUGGGAUGGCGAUAAGACCAAGGAAAGUGACUCUGCGAGCAUCGCGUCCAGUAGCUUUGGCCGCCGGCGCACGAGUGUGACUACUGUCAGCUCGGACGACGGGGAAUUAACAUCCGGGUUCCAUAAUGUGCGAUACUCUGUUAUGAGUGUGGCUCCUGGAGCCAACAGCUCGGGGUUGAAUCUGGCGGAGGAGCUCGACUUCGAUGAGGAGGAUGAGUUUGUUCCAUCUGAUGAUGAGACCCCCGCAUCUCCAGAGGCUCUCCCUGAGGAGCGCCCGAUGUCUGUUCACUCCCAGGCAUCGCAUAGCGUCUCAAUCAAAGCCAGGAAACUUCUUGGUCUGUCUAUGCAGAGCGUGAACUCCCCCGUCGCUUCAGAGUUCCGUGUCCGGGAUAUCGAUCCAGACAGCCCAACGAAGGAGACCAAGGUGGAUGCGAGCUACUGUGAUAUUGGUAUCCAGUACUCGCCCCCUCCAUCUCCUAGGAUCGCGCCCGUGACAUUGGAGAAAGAGGAAUUCAGACCUUUGGACGGCCCGGAGCCGACCAAGCAAGACGAGAGAAUUGUACUUGAGACGAAAGAUGCUACAACGCUAACGAUUGCAACUGAAAUGGUUUCGUCUGCAUGCCAGACUGUCGGUGAACUCCCAAGUCCCCCCUGGACGCCCAAGGUGGAAGAUUCCCCCCCUCCAGUUGAACUCCCACAACCGACGCAAAUGACAUCGGUAUCUACACAGACGGAUGUAGAACCUGAAGUCAUGCAAAACGAGAAGCGCACCAGCUUGUCGCCGAACGAUGUCCCACCCCAGAUGGACAUUCCAGUAAUCACGAUUCACGCACCUGGCUCAGAGCCAUCUUCGCCCCGCAACAGCGUUGUACUACCACCCCAAACCAAGAAUGUCGGGUGCCAGGUCAACUUCAGAGCGAUUGCAGAUUGCCAAUCUGUCGCUAUUCAAACGGAGGAGAUUCGUAUUGAUCAACGGCCCGUGAAACUGCCCGCCAGCUUGCUUCCUUCCGCUAUUCAGGAUACACUCCCCCGCCCCGGAUCUCAAGAGUCCACUCUCGAGUCCUAUGCCGCACCGCCUGUCCCACCGCGUUCCGAAAAGCGAAAGCAGAGACGUGCAGCAACCGAUCCUGUGAACCAGCCCAGUGAACCAAGCCUGGGUCAUGUGCAGGCCUACCCAGGCAACAACGACAAUGGCCCCUUGACAGAUGGUGCAUUGUCCAAUAUUCGGCGACCCCUGCGAUCUAGCAGUCUUUUCGCUGGUUUCGAGCAUAACAGCGAUGAUGAAGAUCCCCACGGAGACCGCGAUGUCUUCACUGAUGACGAGCUUCUCAAUCGGCCAUUUGCUUCUUACACCGUCAGUCGUGGCAAGCUAGUGAAUGCCAAGUCAAGACCCAGCCUAGACAGCAUUCCCCUUCCCGAAAUCGACGAGCAACUCUCGAGUCCCGACUCAAUGCCACCCGUCAUCGGCCGCUCUCGGCCAUCUCAGAGAUCCAGCACGGCCUCCUCGAGCAUCCGUCAACCUGGCAUGCGCAAGAUGGCCAUGAUCUCUAGUGGAGCAGCCGCACAUCAAAGGACCUUCGCUCGGACUUCGAGCGAACCUAGUCUGGACAGCGGCAGUGCAGGCUCGAGCAUUGCGCCGCCAUUCCCUGUUCCAAUGCGACUGAGCUCUCGCAAGGUCCCGCUCAGCGGCAGCGAAGGCCCUCCAAGCCCGACGCGCGCAGGUGGUAGGAAGUUCUCGGAUACGAGCGGACAAUCGCUAGUGAGACGACCAACUCUCCGUCGCGUGCGAUCUGCUGCAGCCAUGUCCCAGUCUGAGCUCACCGAGCGACCUGAGACGCAGUCUUCACCAUCACGAUCGAUUUCAACCUUCUCGCCGGGGUCACCCACAUACCGACCGUAUCGGCCACCGCCAUUGCCGUUCGAUGAUAUCACGGCACCGGGUGAGCGGCGGGUAUCUCAUAAACGCGCCUCGCACCGCGCGACCCCGUCUUAUAGAAGCCAAAAUCAGCGUGAACGCCAAGACUCCAUUGGUGGUGUGCAGCCAACCAGUGUUGUUGAUGCGAUUGCGCAAACGAUGGUGGGCGAGUGGAUGUUCAAAUACGUUCGUCGGCGCAAGUCCUUCGGAAUGGGCGAGUCGAAGGAUAACUGGGAAGGCAAGAACCCGGACGAGGUCUCCGCAAAUAUCACCAACAGCGGCGUGCGCCACAAACGGUGGGUGUGGCUGGCUCCAUAUGAAGGCUCCAUUAUGUGGAGUAGCAAACAGCCCACCAGCGGUCCAGCACUACUGGGCAAGAGUGGUCGAAAGUUCACUAUACAAUCCGUGCUCGACGUCAAAGAUGACAAUCCUCUACCCAAGGGCACCUCCCCAGCCCCAUUCAACCGCUCCAUCCUCGUUCUCACUCCGCAACGCGCCCUGAAAUUCACCGCCCUAUCAAUCGAGCGCCACUACGUCUGGCUAACGGCCCUCUCCUUCCUAAGCCACUCGGCAAUGGGCCUGCACGAUCUCGCAGCCCUCCCCCCAAUCCCAACCGAAGAGCCAGCCCAAUCAAACAGCACACUACGCCGGAAUCCAAUCCGUGAUUCCAUCCGCGUCGCCAAAGGCCGACCCCGACCCCUCCCAGGCAAAAGAUUCGCCAGCGCAGGACCCCCCUCCGUCCCCGAACUACCAAAAGAAAGCCUCGAGCUGGCCGCCGACCCACCCAACGUGCCCCGCUUCUCCCACAACCGCAAACGAAGCAACACAGCACCCCGUCCAGCCCUCCACGCCCUCCGCAGCUUCUCCAGCCAAGGCACCAUCCCCUCCUCCCACAGCGGCACCAUCUCCCCAGAACUCCAUUUCCCAGCCAUGGCCCCAAUCCCCAGCAUAAGUCGCCGGAGCAGUGUCCGACGUCCCUCAGAGGCCUCCGGCGCCCCCAGCGUCAGCAGUAACAUGUUCGACAUGGGCACCAUGCGCAUGGAAGCUUUCAUCGACCACCACGCCGAACAAAUGAAUCGGCCCCGUCCCGCCCCGCGCGAGCGACACAUCCGCAAAACCUCCAGCCAGUGGAGUGAGCGGAGGUACGAGUUCGAUACGCCCUCCGUAGUCGAUAGUGAAAUAUCCUACCGACCAGGCUCCGAUCCCUUCCGCGGCUUCUAA